UCAUAUGCAGAUUCUUAAUUUCUUACUAAGCCUUUUUUGUUGUGAUUCAGUAUCAUCAUCAUGGCAAUGUCCGUGAUAAGAACAAAAGGAGGCCUAGUUAAGCCAGCAGAGGAGACUCCCUUGAGCACAGUUCUGGACCUAUCAGCCAUCGAUAGAUUACCUGUUCUAAGAUGCAAUGCGAGAACCUUGCACGUGUUCAAACACGGUGGUCCUGAAGCGCCAAGGGUCAUAAGAGAGGCCUUGUCCAAAGCACUGGUUCCGUAUUACCCUCUUGCAGGAAGACUCAAAGAAUCCAAACCAGGGUGCCUUCAAAUUGAAUGCUCUGGUGACGGCGUGUGGUAUGUUCAAGCAUCUUCUGAUUCCACCCUUCACUCUGUCAAUUUCUUUGAUGAUGUUCACUCUAUUCCUUAUGAUCAUCUUCUUCCUGAUGCUAUUCCUGAGACCCAAUGCAUCGACCCCCUCGUGCAAAUGCAGGUAACACAAUUUGGUUGCGGGGGUUUCGUGAUAGGCCUCAUAUUCUGCCAUAGCAUAUGCGAUGGUCUUGGUGCUGCACAGUUUCUAAAUGCAAUCGGGGAACUAGCAAGGGGACUCGAAAAACUCAGCAUUGAGCCAGUGUGGAACAGAGACUUCUUUCCAUCUCCUCAAACACCCCAAGAAACUGCAUUGCCACCAACACCACCUACAAUGCCAGAUUACAAGCUAGAACCUGCCAACAUAGAUAUGCCCAUGGAUCGAAUCAACAGUGUGAAGCGAGAAUUUCAACUAGCAACUGGACUCAAUUGCUCAGCCUUCGAGAUUGUAGCUGCAGCAUGUUGGACCACUAGAACAAAGGCCAUUGAUCAAUUCGAGGCCAACACUGAAUUGAAGUUAGUGUUCUUUGCAAAUUGUCGCCACCUCUUGGACCCUCCCCUACCCAAUGGUUUCUACGGCAAUUGUUUCUUCCCAGUGACAAUCACAGCUUCGUGUGAGUCACUUAGAAAUGCUACAAUUGUUGGUGUGGUGAAGCUGAUAAAAGAAGCCAAGGCCAAGUUGCCCGUGGAAUUUGACAAGUACUUGAAGGGUGAGCAUUUGAAAAACGGAGAGGACCCUUUUGCGCCUCCGCUCACAUACACCACUCUCUUUGUAUCUGAGUGGGGGAAGUUGGGAUUCAACCACGUGGACUACCUGUGGGGCCCACCCGUCCACGUGGUUCCCAUUCAAGGAUCCAGCAUCAUACCUGUGGCCAUUGUGGGGUCCCUGCCCCUUCCCAACAGAGGGAUUCGUUUGAUGACGUGGUGCGUGGAGGAGGCACAUCGCCUUCCUUUUCUUCAUCACAUGCAUGGUGUCGUGAAUCAUGUAAGCGGAAGAAUAAUUAAAUGAAGAUUCUACUUUGCCUUCUUUUAUGAACCUGAAAUUGCUAUUUCCUGUUCCUUUUAAUCCCUGAUCUUACCAUUUGAGAUAGAUUGUAAUUUCUGAAUUGUGUUAUGGGUGGGCUGCUGCACGAGUGAAAUUGUAAGGGUGGGUGUUCAAGAGAGCCUCCUUUCAUAAAUAAAUUAAUUAACUAAUUUUGUUUUGACUUUUUAAAAAA